AUGGCUCGGAAGCCGGUCAUUGCUGUGGCUGGCCUCGCCUGCGAGACCUCAACCUUCAGCCCGUCUCGGACGUUGGCUCCUGCAUUUCAUCCCCAAAGAGGAGACGAAAUAGUCAAGCGAUAUGCCUUUCUUCAUCAUGACCAGCCUGUGGGCCGUAAUGCGACCUGGAAAGGUGCUCUGAUCGGUCAUGCGCUACCCGGUGGUACGGUGACGCGCGAAGCUUAUGAGACUCUUUCUAAAGAAAUCGUCCAGCGCCUGGAAGAAAUCAUCGCAGAACAACCAAUCGACGGCCUGUGGUUUGACAUCCACGGCGCCAUGUGCGUCGAGGACCUCGACGACUCCGAGGCAGAUCUGCUUCGUCGCAUCCGCAAGGUCAUUGGGCCCGACGUCAUCGUCUCGGCGUCUAUGGAUUUGCACGGCAAUGUCUCUCGUGAUCUUGCGCACAUGUGCGAUUUAAUUACGUGUUACCGCAUGGCUCCUCACGAAGACACCAUGGAAACCAAGGAACGGGCUUGUCGCAACCUCAUCACAGCUCUCGGCCCGUCUUCGCCAGGCAAGCGGCCGCUGAAAGCCUGGGUCCCGAUCCCCAUCUUGCUGCCUGGCGAGCAGACCUCGACCCGCAUGGAGCCAGCCAAGCACAUCUACGCUGCUGUUCCUGGCGUCGAGGCGACGGAGGGCGUUCUUGACGCUGCUAUUUGGGUCGGCUAUGCGUGGGCGGAUGAGCCGCGCAACCGCGCUGUCGUUGUGGUCACAGGAUGGGAUCCAAAAGCCGUGUCGCGCGGCGCAGAGAAGCUAGCAAAUUUGUUCUGGGAUGCGCACGCUGAUUUUGAGUUUGUUGCGCCCACCGGGUCUUUUGCGGAGUGCCUCGACGCCGCCGUCAGGUCCCCUGCGCUUGAUCGACCGUUCUUCAUCUCUGACUCCGGCGAUAACCCGACAGCAGGCGGCUCCGGCGAUGUGACUUGGGGAUUGACAAAUCUGCUUGCUCGUCCAGAGUUCAAGUCACUUGAUGCGGGCUACACCGUCAUCUACGCUAGCGUUCCCGGUCCCAAGGCCAUCGAGGUCGCCGUGGCUGCAGGUGUCGGCGCCAACGUCACUGUCACGGCAGGCGCUGAGGUAGAUGAUCUGCACGCCCCUCCGCUGACGAUGACCGGCCGCGUCCAUUCGAUCAAGCACGGCGACAAGGAUGCAGAGACAGAGGUUGUACUCCGCGUCGGCUGCGUCUAUGCAAUUCUGACCAAGCUCCGCAAGCCGUAUCACAAGGAGAAGGACUUCACAGACCUCAAGCUCGACCCGCGGUCAGCUGAUAUUGUGAUUGUCAAGAUUGGCUAUCUCGAGCCUCAGCUGUACGAUAUGGCAAAGGGCUGGAUGCUGGGGCUUACUCCGGGCGGGGUUGAUCAAGACCUUGAGAGAUUGGGACAUCACAGGAUACGUCGGCCAAUGUGGCCUUUUGACAAGUCAUUUGAAGACGUUCCAAACCUUAGCACCAGAUGGAUUCCGAGGUCAAACGAGCCACUCUCGAGAGCAGAUGAGUAG